GAUACUCACCCUCAGUAUAUAAAGCCCACCGCCCAAGCUCAUCAGUAGCUACUACUACAGCAAGAGAUGGGACUAUUGACGUUUGUUGCACUCGGAGGAGGAGCAGCGGUUGGUGUGGUCGGAGCUCCUUUUGUUCUGGGAGCCAUAGGUUUCACCUCCGCUGGGAUCGCAGCAGGAUCCUAUGCUGCCGGCAUGAUGUCAGCUGCUGCAGUGGCUAACGGAGGCGCAGUGGCAGCAGGGAGCACAGUGGCUGUUUUGCAGGCAUUUGGUGCAGCUGGUCUGUCAGGAGCUGCCACUACAAUGGUAGCCAGCGCUGGAGCAGGCCUCGGAGGAACUCUGCUAGGACUGGCUGCACUUAUCUGAAAAUCAUGAAGGACACAUUUUUUUUUUUACAACUUUUGCCAAUUAGGAAUGCAAUUGUAAAUUACACCAGUUAAUUUCCUAAUCAGCAUUUUUGUCAUCUCAGGAAACUGAAAUGUUAUAAUAAAUCUGGCUGUUAAAGAUA